AUGCUUCGGAUGAAGACGCGAAGGCUUUGCUUGCAAACCGUCGAGUUGGUCUCCCGCGUUUUCGAGAUACUCUCCAAGGGCGGGUUUUCUACGCUUAAAGUUAGAGGAUUUUUAAGCGUCUCCCUUGACACCCUCUUCGACUCCACCGUCCGUCCCUUGUCUACCCUCCUUCCCGGCCGUGCCCGUCUCGCCGUCGACAUCCUCGGCGCGUUCAUCCUCUUCCACCUCUUCCUCAUCUACGUGCUGAUCUACGGCGGCAUUAGGUUCGUCACCCAAAACACCCGACUGAAGGGCCGCAAGAUUGUCCCGUCCACGCCCGAACUGCUAGAGGUCGUCCAAAAUGUCUCUGUGUGGGUGUGCGGCUGCGUGGCCGUGAUGCCGGCCGUCACCCGUCUGACGAUCGGCGUUCCGUUUUUAUCGUCAUGGUUUGGUCGGCUGGCCCGCUGGGUGCCGUCGCUGAAGCCGCAGAUUAACAUUAAGCCCCAAGUGAAACUCGUCCAAAAGGACGGCAAGACGAAGGUGGAGCUCGGCAUGGACGAGCUGAAGCCGAAAAUGGCCGUCGGGCUGGAGCCGGCCGAUAAACAAGUCGCCACCAUCCUCAAGGGAGUCAGGACGACCACUGAUUGUGCCGUGGCCGCCCAGCAGCUCGGUGAAGCCGCCGAGCAGUCAGAUUUUGCUCAGCCCGCUGUGGAAGCUGACCAGGAGCAAGAGGACACCUCCGAGCCGUUUUACGACGCCUUCUCGGUCCAAGCUUCCGUCUCCGAUCAUGGGCUAAUCGAUGGUGUCCAGCGCCUGGACGAAUCAGAAGAAUCCAGCCAAGUC